UUUCUCUUUAGACCUUUCAGCUUCUUCUUCUCCUCCUCCUCCUUUGAACACACCUCUCUCUCAUGGUUUUCUCUCUCUAAAAAGCACUGCAUGAACUGAAAAUAACAUUCCACAAAACCUCCUUACUCUCUCGAAGAAGUUGAAAAUGGCUUCUUCAAUGAACAACUGGUUGGGUUUCUCUCUCUCACCGCAAGAAGGAAACAUCCCAUCAUCACAUCAAGAUCAGAUAGAUCACUCCCAAAACUCGGUCUCUCGUCUGGGCUUCAACUCCGGCGACGAAAUAUCCGGCACCGGCGCCGACGACGACGUCUCCGGCGAAUGCUUUGAUCUCACUUCUCACGACUCGGCUCUUCCCUCUCUUAACCUCCCUCCCCCUUUUGGGAUAUUUGAAGCUUUCAACCGCAGCAACAAUAACCCCUCACAAGAAUGGAAUAUGAAGGAAAUGAGCAUGGACUCUGAUAACACCACCAACUACAAAACCACCUCAGAAUACUCCAUGCUAAUGGGGGCUUCAUGCAAUAAUACUCAAAAUCAAGGGGGUCCAAAGCUAGAAAAUUUCCUCGGUGGCAACUCUUUUUCCAAUCACGGAGACCACCGCAGCCACUACAACAUGUAUACACCAUUGCAGCUUCCGGUACCGGAGUCGACGGCAGACCCUACCGCCACCGCCACCAUCGACGGCGGACCAACAACCAUAGGCCUGUCCAUGAUAAAGAACUGGUUGCGAAGCCAGCCGACACCAGUACCGCCGCCACAGCCGGAUAACAAAGCCGACUGUGGUGGUGGGAAUAACGUGCAGACGCUGUCGCUGUCGAUGAGCACGGAGUCCCAGACCGGGUCGCCCCUGCCGCUUCUGGCGGUGAGCGGGGGCGGCGGAGAGAGUUCUGUUUCGGUGGAUAAUAAGCAAAAAGGGACGAGUCUUGAUGCCCAAACCGGUGCAAUAGAGGCGGUGCCUCGCAAGUCUAUCGAUACCUUUGGUCAGAGGACUUCAAUAUACCGUGGUGUAACCAGACAUAGAUGGACUGGUCGAUAUGAGGCUCACUUAUGGGAUAAUAGCUGUAGAAGAGAGGGGCAAACGCGUAAAGGAAGGCAAGGAGGUUAUGAUAAGGAAGAUAAGGCAGCCAGGGCUUAUGAUCUAGCAGCAUUGAAGUACUGGGGUACCACAACCACCACAAAUUUCCCUAUAAGCAACUAUGAGAAAGAAAUUGAAGAAAUGAAGCACAUGACAAGGCAGGAGUAUGUUGCCUCCCUUCGAAGAAAGAGCAGUGGUUUUUCACGUGGUGCAUCAAUUUACCGUGGAGUUACAAGGCAUCAUCAGCAUGGAAGAUGGCAAGCAAGGAUUGGAAGAGUUGCUGGAAACAAGGAUCUUUACUUGGGAACUUUCAGCACCCAAGAGGAAGCAGCAGAGGCCUACGACAUUGCUGCGAUAAAGUUCCGCGGACUCAACGCUGUUACAAACUUUGAUAUGAGCAGAUACGAUGUCAAGAGCAUACUUGAGAGCAGCACUUUGCCGAUUGGAGGAGCAGCCAAGCGAUUGAAAGACGCCGAGCAGGCUGAAAUGACUAUCGACGCCCAGCUGAGUACAAGCGAUAACGCCCUAAGUUCUUCCCAUCUCGCGAAUGGAAUACCAAACUAUGGUGCUGCUCAUCCCCACGGUUGGCCCACCAUUGCCUUCCCACAGGCUCAGCCAUACGGCAUGCAUUAUCCUUAUGUGCAGCAAAGAGUUUGGUGCAAGCAAGAGCAAGAUGAUAAUUCCACACACACUUUUCAAGACCUUAACCAAAUUCAAUUGGGAAACACACACAACUUCUUCCACCAACCUACUUCUGUGUUGCACAACCUAAUGAGCCUGGAAUCUUCCACUCUGGAUCACAGCUCCAGCUCCAAUUCCGCGGUCUAUAGUGGUGGAGGAGGCAGUGACGGUAUAGGGUAUGGUGGUUUCGGAAUCCCAAUGGCAACAGUUAUUGCUCAAGAAGGGAACAACGGUCAAGGUCAAGGAAACGGGUACGGUGAUCAUAAUGAUAUCAAGAUGCUUGGUUAUGACACCGUGUUUGGCUCAUCGGAUCCCAAUUAUCAAGCAAGGAACUUGUACUAUCUCCAGCAACAAUCGUCAGCCGGCGGUGCAAUGAAGGCAUCUGGCGUGUACGAUCAGGGCUCCGCUUGUAACAAUUGGGUACCAACCGCGGUUCCAACUCUCACAACUAGGGCUAACAACAUGGCCCUUUGUCACGGAGCGCAGAAUUUCACGGUUUGGAACGAUACGUAAAACGACUCUCAGACGGAUUGGAAGCAGGAUAGAAAAAGGGAUGUAAAACACAACUUACUGAUGAUCAUGUCCUAAUUUUGAUCUUUCAUUUUCCUUUCUUCCUUCUAGAUUUAAGCGACUCCCGAACAUGUUAGGGAAGGUAGGCCUAUUUUUGUUCUUUUUUUUUUUUUUGAUGUUUAUGACUUUUGCUAGUUGAUGCAGAAGUUAUGUUAGGAUCUAACUGGAAGUUCAGCAAUAGCAAGUGAAGAUAGAUUAGUACUGAUUUCUCACUUCACUUGGUAUUAGUUUUGGGGACUUUGGACUUGUAGAUCUAUCUCGGAAAGUAAUACACCAGGGCUAACUUUGUAAUUUUGAAUAACAUGAUUAUGAUAUUCAUGC